UUAAACUUCCUCAAUCCUGUAAAUGACAAGUUACAACCUGUUUCCUUUUUAUCCUGAACGUUAACUGGCAUGCAAAUUUCAAGCAGGGUGAGAGAAAGAACUAGAGCAAUGAGAACAUAAACAUACAAGAGCAGAACCAGAGGCAAAGUGGGAACUCUAACUGUCUAAUCCCCAAGAUGAAAUUAUUAUUGCUCUUGGGUAUUUUUCUGUAUAUUGAUGAAUGCAAAGCGAGAGAAUUCGGGGAUUCCAUAGAUAUUACUGAGGACCCAUGGACAGAACCAGAGGACACCAAUAUAAGGAGGCUACUUUCUGAGCUUAAUCCAGAAAUAUCCAUCCCUAAAAGCCAUGACAUACCAUUUCAAGAAGGGACCACAACUCUACAAACUUCAACUACUACACCUGCUAGUUUACCAAAAGCUAAAAGGAAAGAAUAUAAAAUUUUUGAAAAGAUCAUAAGAAUGCCACUUAGAGCACGACCACCCACAAAGGCUACGAGAGAAGAAGCCACUAAGCCUAUUGAUGAACAGCUAGAGACCACAAGGAAGACACCACCACCCACAGAGGCUACAAGAGAAGAAGCCACUAAGGCUAUUGAUGAACAGCUAGAGACCACAAGGAAGACACCAUCACCCACAGAGGCUACCAGAGAAGAAGCCACUAAGGCUAUUGAUGAACAGCUAGAGACCACAAGGAAGACACCACCACCCACAGAGGCUACAAGAGAAGAAGCCACUAAGGCUAUUGAUGAACAGCUAGAGACCACAAGGAAGACACCAUCACCCACAGAGGCUACCAGAGAAGAAGCCACUAAGGCUAUUGAUGAACAGCUAGAGACCACAAGGAAGACACCACCACCCACAAAGGCUACAAGAGAAGAACCCACUAAGGCUAUAAAUGAACAGCUAGAGACCACAAAGAAGACACCACCACAAACAGAGAAUAUCCAAUCAGGAACUAACCGAUCACCAAGGCAGAAUUACAACAAAAAUAACAGCCAGAAAUCCAGCUUUGAAACGGCGAGAGGAAAGAAUUGGUGUGCAUAUGUCCAUACAAGGCUCUUUCCAACUGUUGCAAUGGAAAAUGUGGGAACAUAUGUGUCUGCAGGAACAAAUCCUUGUACAUGGAGCAUUGGAACCUGUUCAACGAGGAGUCGUAUUAUCACUCAACCAGUUUACAGAAUGAAGCAUAAAAUAGUGACAUCUUUGGAAUGGAAGUGCUGCCCAGGAUACAGUGGAGAACAGUGUGUGGUCUCAGCUCAACAGCUUCCACGGAAGAAACAUGAAAGCCAGGCGGAAAGCAGCUUAUCCGUUAAUACAGUAGAUUCUGGAGACAGAAAGACAGAAACAUAUGACCAAGCAUUGCAGCAAAAACUGACAGAUCAGAUUUACAGCCAAGAAAUGAAGCUGACUCUUCUUCAUCGAAAUGUGGAGAACAUUUCCUCUAGUCUGAACAACAUGCACAGAACACUUUAUUCCUUGGAGGAGAAGAUCAAUGAUGCUGAUAAAGGGACAAAUCUGCAAUCACUCCUCAAAGACCCAAUGGCCAAAACCCUUACGGAGCUCAUCAAAAAUAUUGUUAAAGAUCAGUUUACCAUUUUGCAAAUGGACAUGAAAGAAACUAUUGCCCAGAUCUACAAAAGUAUGUCUGAAACAUCUCUUGAAGUUGAAAAAAUCAAGGAAUCCGUAAAACAUUUAAAUAACACAAUAACUUCUGCUCAUCAAAAGUGUGCAGAAGAAGAGGAAAACAAGGCAAGCAAUGAAGAUGUAUUGGAACUAAAGAAUCGAAUAGAGCAUAUAAAAAAUACUGCUUUUAUUUGUACCUCCUCCUUUAAAGAGAUGGAAGAAAAGCAUACUACUCUGGAAGAAGACUUAAACCAUGAGAAAACUAGGAACAGAGAUUAUUUUGAAACUCUCAACAAUACACUGAGCAAAAUGAAGGAAAUUCAUGAUCAGUUAUUGACUGAAGAACAUGCUAAAGAACAAAGUGUACUGCCACCAAAUAACUCCAAUGAUGAUAAUGUAACAGAAUAUAUUUUGGCUCUACAAGAGAGGAUGAAAAAACAGAAUAUAAUGAUGCUUCAACUCUAUGAUGAUAUUUAUGCACAAGACAGCAAAAUCAAUAACCUUACCAUUACUUUGGAUCUUCAGAAACAAUCAAUCGAAAAGGAAUGUGAAGACAAAUUUUCAACCUGUAAAAAUUACCUUCAGAAACAGUUAAAGGACACUGAAAACAAUAUGCAUGUUCUAAACAAAACAGUCUCUGAUGUUGUCAUUCCCUUGGAUAAUAAAAUUGAUAAGAUGAAUGAGCAGAUUAACGAUCUAUGUUAUGACAUGGAAACACUUCAACCUUUGAUUGAAAAAGGGGCUCCGUUUAGCAUGACAACUGAUUUUGACCACAAAAAAGAUGUAAGUGAAGUUAAUAAGCAGAUUCAAAACAUUACAGAGUUUCUGAAUACCCUGAAUUCAAUAGUACACAAUCUUACGAAAGGUCAAGAAGAACUUCAAAUCAAAGCUGAAGAUCACAAAGAACUCUUUGAAAGGCACUUUAACGAAUGCAUCAUGGAAGUUGAAGAUGGCCUUAAUAAUACCAUGGACAUAAUGAAUGAUGCUUUUGACUCUAUCCAUGAUGAAUUUGUGAAAAAGUCAGAGAUUUCUGAUAUGCAAAGCAAAGCUGAACUUUCCACUAAUGCUACUAUUGAGAAACUUGAAAGUGCUGUGUUAGCCAUCUCAAUGCUGAAUGAAACUCUGCAAAACCUGACUGCUGCACCUAGAAUCCAUAAAGAUGACAACACAUCUGUAAAUGAUACUGUUGUUUCAAGUCAAGAUGAUAGCGGCAUGUCCCCUUAUUUUCUUGACUUGUCACAGAAGAUAAAUAAUUUACAGUCUAGAUUGCUUCAGUGUCAAAUAAACAUUACUCAUAUCGAGGAAAAAGUAGAAAUUUCUGUUACUAAUGUGCAGAACUGUGAAUCUCGGGUACAAACUAUAGAAUCCCAAGUAAAUAUGAUCCUGGCAAAUCCUACCACUUUACCAAAAGCAAAAACUUUUGAAGUUCUUACCAAUCAAAAAAAUGUCCAGCAGGAAGUAUAUUCUAGAAUCAAAGCUCUUGAAUUUAAAUCCGUCCGGCUUUCAACAAGCCUACCGCAGCUGAAUAAAACUGCAAAUGAGGCAAAAUUCCUAUGUCAAACUGUAUUCCUCACGGUUAAGAAAGUCAAUGAAAGUGUGCCGAAACUAGUUAAAGCAGCUCAGCCAAACAUAGCAAGUUUACAGAGAGGCUUUGAGGAGCUCAUAAAUUCAUUAAUACAGAUGAAGAUGUCGACUGUUUUGUCAAACUUAACUGGUUAUGUAGAUAAAUCCCUAACUGAUAUCACAACCAAUAUGGCCAAACUUCAAAAACAGAUGAAGGCUCCUGUGAAGAAAGCACCUGUCCCGAAGAAGCCUGUCAAUGCCACAAUUUCUGUUAUUGGGCGAAGCCAACGAAAUUCUGAUAUUACAGAUCAAGAUGACUACUCCAGCUGCAGCAGCUCUCCUUGCUUUAAUGGUGGUACUUGCAUCAAUGACCUGAAAGGUUUCGUGUGUGCCUGCCGACAUCCUUUUGGAGGACUGAACUGUAGCAUAAAGAUGACAGAUGACAACACUGCAUCACUAGAUUUCUCCAAAGGAUCUUACCGAUACGCACCAAUGGUGGCCUUUUCUGUCUCUCACACAUAUGGAAUGACAUCUCCUGGACCAAUCCGAUUUAACAAUCUAUAUGUAAAUUAUGGAUCUUCCUAUACUCCCAGCACUGGAAAAUUUAAUGUGCCCUAUCUAGGGGUAUAUGUGUUUAAGUUUACCAUUGAGUCAUAUAGCCCUCGAGUCUCUGGCUAUUUAGUGGUUGACGGAACGGAUAAAAUUGCAUUCCAGUCUGAAAAUAUUAACAGCAGCAUGUACAGUGACAGAAUGGUGACAGGGGACGCUUUAUUAGAACUAAACUAUGGGCAACAAGUCUGGCUCAGGUUAUCCUCGGGGUCAAUCCCUGGACAAUAUCCACCUGUCACAACAUUUAGUGGCUACUUGUUAUAUCGGACAUAAUAUAUACAGUAUUAUAUGCAUACAGGAUGUUAUAUAUUUCUGUGUACAGAUAAUCAAGCAUCAGAGCUCCUAAUAUAUUUAAGUAUUUUUAAACCCCAAGGUCAAUGUUACACUAGGGAUCUUAUCCAUGGAAAGAAAUGGCCAGCAGUAUGACCGCAAUGCAAGACAUGACAGGGAAUAGAAAUACUUACCUGCUUUUGUGUCACUGCCUCACCAGCUGGAUGUGAAAAUUAUCACUCUUAUGCCUCGUACAUGCGUCCAAGUUUCCCGACGUGAAAACUGCGAGGAGAGCUUUUGGCCGGGAAUCCCGG